GUGCGGCACAUGGUGUCAUCAAGCGACCACACCCGCGGAAAAUCACAGAAACCCAUCGGAACUUCUCAGUUAAGACCGCGUGGGCCGGAUAAGUACCGAUGUCGGAAGACGUCAGGAACCCCCGGUAUCGCUUGGUUUCUUUAUGCUUUUCGCGCCGACGGCGAGAACUUUUCGUUCUCCAGCUUUUCCCAACUUUUCGUCGAAUUCGGACGCGAUUUAAGCGCCCGAAUGAUGGAUUUUGCAUCAUUUGAGAUGGUGUGUGAUGGUUUGCUCGCGAUGGUUCGGCGCGACUUCGCACCGCUCGACGGCGCGAACGUCGCCGAAACUUUUGUGACGACACGAGAGUUACACGUUCUAGCUUGUCCUAACUUUUCGUCGACAUCGGACGCCGAUUCGGGGUGA